AAAGGCACGCCUUCAAAGGAGUUAUUCAAGCUAGUAUAAUUAUUACUUGAUUCUGCUCAGAGGACUUUAAAAUUACCUGAAGAUUUGUAAUUUAAUAUUAAAUUCGUUGAAUUGAAUACGUUGAAAUCAUAGAAUAAUUAAUAGUUGAAGUAUUCAGCAUGCAGGACUCUAAGUUGGACCAUCACAUUAGACAUGAGGAAAAGGUGUCGUAAGGAAAUAGUGUACGUCAGGACGAAAUACACAAUAGUUUCAAUUUAUCAAUCUGAUAAGGAAUCAUUAACAACUUCGGGCUAUCUUUGAAGACUUGUUUAUGGUUGUUGUGAAUUUAGAUAAUGUGAACAAUCUAAAAUGGGAAAUACAUGUAGAAGUCAUAGAUCACGCUACUCCCCAGAAACUGGUCCCCCCCAAUCUGGACCCCCCAAGGAGGGGAGUAAGUGGAAGGGGGUACAGAGACCUAAUUCAGUUGACAAGCUCCUGUACAUGCUAAGCCAAGGAAGUAUGCUGUACAAGGUCAAAAGUGGAGGCCUGCUUUACCCCCGGACAUUUUACCUGGACACAGAAAACAUGGUGUUACGUUACUCGGGGUCAGAAAAAAGAUUCCGCAAAAAGAGAAUCUCAUGGCCAAUAUCAAAGAUCCGAGAAGUUCGAGAGGGAGAAAAAGAUUACUCAAAAAGGCUGGACCCUUAUGAUAGAGGGCAGUGUUUUGCGGUGGUGGUUGGUACGAAUCAUGAAGUCUUGCACUUAAUGUCCGAGUCUCACCAGCUGAGAGAUGACUGGGUCAAAGGUCUGCGAUUUGCUCUCCACAUGGAACAAUACAUGGACCAAAAACAACAGACUGACCGUUGGAUCAAAGAAGCCUUUCAAAUGGCUGACAAGAACAACGAUGGAAGUCUGGACUUUGAGGAAAUUCUCAAGUUACUGAAGCAGUUGAAUGCAGACAUGGAUAAAAAAUAUGUCCAGAAACUGUUUGAUAAAGCAGACACAACUAAAACCUAUGGUAAACCUGUGCUGGAUGCAGAGGAGUUUGUCAAAUUUUAUCACAUGUUGACAGAGAGGCCAGAAGUAGAUGAAAUAUUUAUGAAGUAUGAUGAUGGCAAAGGCUACUGGACCUUUACAGAUCUCUGCAAAUUCUUUUACCAUGAACAAAAGCUGGAUUUAACAGAGGACCAAUCUAAGGAACUGAUAGCAGCUUUUGAACCUCAGAAACAGCUGCAGCUAGAAGACCACCUCAGUUCAAUAGGUAAUAUUUACUGAAGGAGAGGGCUGUUAUUUAUUUCUUUAUUGCAGUUGUUUAACCCUGUACACCGGCGAUUUUAUAUGUUAUUGACACAACCCAUCAUCAACUACUACAUCAGCUCCUCCCAUAACACAUACCUGAUAGAAGACCAGUUGAGGGGACCAAGUCGAGUGGAUGCCUAUAUAACAGCUCUGACUCGAGGCUGUCGUUGUGUGGAAUUGGAUUGCUGGGAUGGGCCGGAUGAUGAACCCGUUAUUUACCAUGGUUACACACUUACCUCCAAGAUAUUCUUCCGUGAUGUCAUUUCUGCCAUUAAGGACUACGCUUUUCAGUCUUCACCAGAAAUUCCAUUCAGCAGCUACCCAGUCAUUCUAUCAAUAGAGAACCACUGCUCUGUACGACAGCAAGGUGUUAUGGCAAAAUACCUGAAAUCCAUCUUAGGAGACCUACUCUAUGCUCCUGAAGAACCUCCGAACAGAAUUCCCUCCCCUCAUGACCUCAUGGGGAAAAUUAUCAUCAAAGGCAAGGUUAUCCGAGGCAGUUACAGGAUGGGUAAGAAGCUGCCCAGUAGCUAUAGCUCUACAGACGAGGGGGAAGUCAGCGAUGAAGAUGAGGCAGCAGACGUCAGCAAUGAGGCCGUUAAAGCACCAAGCAAAAGCUGUGAUCAAAAGAUUAAACUCAAUCCCGAGUUCUCAGACUGUGUGGGAUUCAAAGCUGUGGGAUUCAAAGGGAUUGAGCAAUCUAUCAGUUCAAAUGGCAUGUUUGUCUCCCUUGGAGAGAACAAGGUCCUUAAGAUGAUUGAGAGCGAUCGGGAUGGAGUCAUUCAACUGAAUCGUCACAUGUUGGUGCGGACGUACCCAGCCGGCAGCAGGACAGACUCCAGUAACUACAAUCCUAUUCCUAUGUGGAAUGCAGGCUGUCAAGUGGUGGCCUUAAACUUCCAGACAGCUAGUGAACCAAUGCAGAUAUUACAAGGGAAGUUUAUGGACAAUGGAGGAUGUGGCUAUCUGCUGAAACCGGGAUUUUUGAUAUCGGAUGAAAAAACUGCAAACCCACCAACAACAAGGAAAAGGCUGAACAUUACUGUUGUCAGUGGAUACCAGAUUCCAAAGCCAAACGAUUCCAAAAAGGGAGAAAUAAUUGACCCAUUCAUCAAAAUGGAAAUCCAUGGGGCAAAGGAGGACACUCAACAGUGCAAAACCAGUGUCAAGAAUAACAAUGGAUUUAACCCUCGCUGGGAUGAAGAUGUGUCGUUUGUCAUUAACCAGCCUGAUCUGGCUGUCCUGCGAUUUGUCAUCUAUGAUCACGACAGAUACGUGGAUGAUUUCAUCGGAUACUUCUCUCUACCAUUCCAUUCCAUUCAAGAAGGUUAUCGACAGUUUUCUUUACUCAAUAAGCGAGGAGAAAAAAUACCCCAGGCACUGAUACUUCUGAAAGUAGAAAUCAAGGAAGCUUAAUUCCACAGUAGUGUGUUGUGACAUUACAAAGCAUUCAACUUAUAUCCAUAUGACAAAGUUGUCACAGAGAUUUCAGAAAAGCAGCAGUUUCUGUUAGCAGCAGCAGUUUACCUAAGAGAAUCAUACACCGUGCCAUACUACAAAGGGACAGAACUGCUGCAAAGUCAGAUUACAAACAUUGUCAGGGGCCACCUUUUACUGAUGUACAAAGCUUUAUGUUAUGUUUAUUUAAUCAGAGCAAUAGAUUUACAAUGAGAUGUAAAAAAAAGGUCAGAUGGUUGUGGUUAAUUGAUCUCUGCUUAUUUUAUGGGUAAUCAUGCACAAGUAUCUAAGUUGAAAAAAAGUGUGAUUUAUACACUUAAAUAAUUUUACAAAUGACUUUAAGAUAUGAACAAAAAAAUUGAAUAAAAACAUAAGUGAUUUAUUAAAAUCUCUGAGACUUUAACUGAAUAAGUCACUGUAAUGGUGAUGCCUGCUGAUAUUGCCAGGUAGAUACUAGCUUAUUAGCUUAUAGCGUCUUUCAUCUACUUUUUUUCUCAUUCAUAAAAAUUAUUUUUAUAGAAAAGAAAUUUUCUUCACCCUCAAGAAAGAAAAGUUCCACUUUUUAGUUUGGACCCAUUUCCUCUUUCAAACAUACUUUUAAAUCCUUUGAAUAGAUUAGCUUAUUAGUUUUUCAUAAGAAUUAAAGAUUGUAGUUAAAGUGCCGACAGGGCUUGGGGUAUUAGAUUUACAAAUCUGAUGAAUAUUUAAGAUGUAAACAUAAUCAUUCAAAACAAAAAGUUAUUAUGAUUUUUUUGAUGUUCUCUUUCAUAUGUGGAUGUCUUAUAUUAUCUUAUAUUAUUCAACAUCAAUACAUUGAUGCUUUUGAAACAAGAUUUUCUCAAAUAUUUUUUUAUUAUUUUGGUUGUAAAAUUCCGACAUUUUUUAUUUACACUGA